AUGGCAAACACCGAGCAUCAGCAGUACGGCCCGACUGACAUCAAAGGGAGCGUGCUCGACUUAAUUGGCAAUACACCUUUGUUGGCACUCGACCGCAUUUGGCCCGGUCCGGGGCGCAUCCUAGCCAAAUGCGAGUUCCUCAACCCUGCGGGCAGCAUCAAGGACCGCUCCGCGUACAGCAUGCUGAAGUACGCCAAGGAGGAGGGGCGGCUGAAGCCGGGCGCGCCCAUCAUCGAGGUGACCAGCGGCAACCAAGGCUGUGGAAUUGCCUUCGUCGGCGCGGUCAUGGGCCACCCCGUGACGCUGACAAUGUCGGCGGGAAACAGUCCCCAGCGGGCGGAAAUGAUGGUCGGUUUUGGCGCCCGCUGCGACCGGGUGCCCCAGGUGGAGGGCAAGCCGGGCAAUGUGACGCUGGCCGAUGUGGACGCGGCCACGGCCGCCGCGCAGAAGAUCAUCGACAGCACGCCGGACAUCUUCUACGUGAACCAGUUUAACAAUCCGAACAACUGCCGCGCCCACGAGGAGGCCACCGGCCCGGAGAUUUACCGGCAGACGGGCGGCCGAAUUGACGCCUAUGUGGCCACGCUGGGCACCGCCGGCUCCUUCGUGGGCACCUCCCGCUACCUGAAGCGGCAGAACCCGGCCAUCAAGUGCGUCGUCGUGGAGCCGGCCGGCGCCGAGGUGAUCGCCGGCAAGGAGGUCACCAAGCCGCUGCACCUCCUCCAGGGCAGCGGCUACGGCAAGGUGCCCGAACUGUUCGACUACGAGGUCAUGGACGAGGCGAUGAACGUUACCGAUGAGGAAGCAGUAGAGUACAAGAAGCUGCUCGGCUCCAAGGAGGGCCUCUACCUGGGCUACACUUCAGGGGCAAAUGUGGCCGCGGCGGUGAAGCUCCUGAAGUCGGGAAAGCUGCCGCCGGACGCCUGGGUCGUCACGCUGCUCAACGACACCGGGCUCAAGUACUCGGAGUUGCACAAGUAA